AUGUCCUUUGCACUCUUUGCCAUGGCAAUGCUUCUUAGCUUUUCAGUGGUGACUCCAUUUGUCAUUCAUCCAUCCAGAGAAGAACCAGCAGCUUCAGCUGAUUCCACAGUUUCUCAUCACAGGCACCAGGAUGAGUCACUGCGGUCCAUCAGGAAGAGCCUCCUCAGGGCUCUCAACAUGCAGAUGGAGCCCCGGCUGCCGGCCGGUGGGCUGGACAGCGUCCGGCAGCAAUGGCAGAAAACCUUCCGCGCCAUCCCUCAGAGCUCACAGGACACAAACACUGCCUCUGGCUACUCUGUGUCCCCUGACAGUGGAAACAGUACCAGCCUGAAGUGCUGCUCCACGGCCUCUGAGAUCUUCAUGAAAGAUCUGGGCUGGGACAGCUGGGUGAUCCACCCUUUGAGUCUGACCAUUGUUCAGUGUGCGCUGUGCAGUUCUGCAGAUAACACUGUGCACCAUGCACCAUCGGCCAACAGGAUGGAAAUUCAGGAUGGAAAUUCACAGGCCCCGUGCUGCCAGCCCACCUCCCAGGGGACGGUGCCCAUCGUCUACAUGGAUGAAACCAGCACCGUUGUGAUUUCUGACCUGCAGCUGACUCGCAGCUGUGGCUGUGGACCCGGCACCACCCACCAGCCCGACAAAGAGUAG